UUUCGGUAUCCUUGCUCGCUCUGUUGAGAGAGUUGGAUAAUUUCUCUCGCCUGCUGCGUAGACCAGGAGCGGAACACGCAAUGCAAAUUCGCAGCUUUUCCCAUUGACCUCAACACGUCGCCUACGUUUCUCGACAGCCCAUUUUCAGGCUAAAUUGUGGCGGUAGAAAAUCUUGUCCGUCGUUUUUUUAGUAAGCCUUCGACCUGCUACAGUUUGUUUUCUUUCGAAUUUAACAGCGUCUGGAUGAAUUUUUUGCAACAAUUGAAAUUUAGUGCCAAAUUUCUCAAAGGGGAUCUUUUCAGGCUUUAUCGGACGAAAUAUACCAAAGGGAAUCUACUGAAGGAAGUUUAAAAUGUCUCAAUCUACACUAAAGGAGUUUCCAAAAGUUCCCAGUCCUGGAAACAUUACAUUAGCCGAAUACGGAGCUCAGCUUAUUGCGAUUCCUUCCAACUCCAAUGACCCAGUUGAUGGAGCCCAGUUCUGUGAUAAGGUUUCUUCGUAUAGAAAAUUAAAUGCAAAUACUCUAAAGCCGAUUUUUCAAAACAAAAUACCCCCUCUUCGAACAACGAGAACUGGGGAAACUUUAAUAAUCAGGAAAGAUGAAGGACUCGUAAAAGGAAUGUGGGAUUCUUGUCGAGAUUCCGGAUUUCGGGGACUGGAGCGUUAUCUACAGCAAGUUGAAAAGAAUCCCAUUGUUAACGUUUUAUACGGAUGUUUGGCUGCUUUGGCGUCAAUUACAGAUGCUGCAUAUAAGCUAAAACACGAGGCAAUGGUCAUUGCGUUUCCACAUCUAAAAUUGAACGUAGAUGUGACUAUCCAGAAUGCAUCGCAAGUUAGGAACUGGAGCAAAGCUUGGCUUAGAGCUGUAGCAUGGCAUCCAAACUUUCCUAAAUUGGCCUUGGCAUUGCAAGAUGACUCUGUAAGGUUAUGUGAAAUGGGCGAAGACGUGAUGCCGUUGUUACGAUGUCCAGAACAAAAGAAUGUUUCGAGUGUUUCGUGGAGACCUUACACGCAUUUCCAGUUGGCUGUUGGAGUUGGCACAGGAAUUGUCAUAUGGCAAUUAGAAAGAGGAAACAAGAUCAAACCUGCAGCUUCACAAUCUAGAUUCCUAUCAAUGAAGAAUCAUUUUCCUGUAACUUGUGUAGAGUACUCUCACUCUGGACUUUUACUUCUGUCUAGCUCAAGUUUUGACAUGUCUAUCUACGUUUGGGAUGCUAGCAGUUGGAAUAAUACACCGUUAUAUCGAUUGGGAGGUGGAGGAGUUCCGUUUAUUUUGUGGGCACCAACCGACGACAAAAUCCUAGCUACAAGUCCCACCUCGAUUUUUAGGAUUUGGGAACGCGAAACUCAUUGGGUUCCGAGGCGAUGGGACACCCCUAAAGUAGCAGUUGAAUCUGCUUGUUGGAAUACUGAUGCCACUACGCUUUUAUUUGCCAGUGGGCAAAUGAUAUACGCCGUUCACUUUGCGAUGAAUCCCGUGGAAAAAUUUAUUAAUGAAAAUAAUUCUGUUGCUGUCCCACUAUACGAUAUAUCCGACUGUACAGUAUUUUCCGAAGAUGAACAGCUAGAAUAUAAGGUUGGAGGGCGCGUGCGAAGAAUGGAUAUGGACCCAAAUGGAAAUCGACUUGCAGUUUGUUUCGAUGAUUCUGAGCUUAUUGCUGUAUUCAGAAUUCAGCCCAAAUCUAUUUACUAUUUGGCGCCAUGUGGAUUUAUAAGAGGUUUUCCUGACGAAUAUCCUUUAACCAGUACGUUUCAAAAGGAUUUCAAGGAUGGAGCUCUUUUAACUAUCGCCUGGAGUAGCGGUCGUAUUCAGUACUUCCCAUUUUUGUUCGCUGAAGGAGAUGCUAAGAAAAAUCUUCUCCAUCAAGAUCAUUAUAAUCUACCAACCGUAAUUUCGCCAACCAAAAAGGCAAGAAGUAAGUCUAGAAUAUCUGGAAUUUUGACAGAUAAAGAUAACACGGGAGCAGCAGCAGCCAGUCAAAAACGGUCAUACUCACAUCGUCACAGUUUUGGAGCGUCUUCUGUUGCUUCUCCUUUACUGGAAGCGUCGUCUGAUGAAGAUGAUGUUAUUGUUCCCAAUAAAACCUCAUUUCGAACAACAUCUUUUCUUGAUCCUCCAAAGGCCGAUGAAAUUAAUUUUGCUGCAAAUGUUAGUGAGGAACCCGCACGCUUAUUUUCUACAAAUCACCGUCCUUCGACAUAAUUCUUAAUAAUAAUAAUAAUGAAUAUGCAUACAUUAUACUUCCGUCGUCUACCAUGUUCUCUUUUUUGAAUAAAGUUAUUACAACAAUCGA